GCAAAUUCAACUCUAUAAUAGAGUUACUCUAUUUUAGAGUGAAAUAUAGAGGAAAUUAUAGAGUGUGAUUGGAGAUGGUCUUAGGGGUUAGGGUAUCUCCAAUACAACUCCAUUUUUUACUAUAAAAUGGAAUAAAAGUGAAUGUAGAAUAAAACAUGCUCCAACUCAAUUUCAUAUCUCACUCCGUAAUAAAAUUUAUUUCAGUAGCAAUUUAUUUUUUGUUUGUUCAUUACUCCAUUAUAAAAAUAUAAAUGAAAUAUGAUUAGAGGAUUUUCACUCUAUAUCUAUUUUUACUUUAUUUUUAAAGAAAAAAAAUGAAAUUUUACAUCGAAGAUGUUCUUAUAAGGAGUAUAACAUAUACAAGAUACAAGAACAAAUUGUAACAAAAUAAUAGUAUGGGUUUGUACGUACAAGGCAAUUCUCAAACGUGGGUUGGUGGUGUGUUAGAUAUUGCAGGCAUAAUAAUGGAAGAGAUGAAAUUAAACUAUAAAAUAUAGAAAGAGAAUCCAUUGAAUCGUAUCUUACCAAAGAAAGUCCAUAACAGUUAAACUGUAUAAACAUUUGAAAGAUUGUAAACCCAUGCACAUGCUCACUAUCGUUUCAUUGAUCCAUGUGUAUCCUAUAUUUUCCUCCCUAAUUACUCUACAUACUUACCUAUAAUCUUUCUUAAUUCGAUAUUAUCCGAUAAGCUCAACAACUUUACUACUAUCGCUUAGGAUGUACAUCUCUACCACCAUCCCCUACUAGUCAUCCACAUCUUAUGUAAUUACGCGUGUUUAACUUUUAAGUAUUAUUUUUUACUCUUUUUGUGUUUACAAUGUUAUAGUUGGGGGGGGGGGGGGGCGGAAUCAGAUUUUUGUUUUGAAACUCUUGGGAGGUUUUAAUUGGUUGAACCACAGCCACUGGACAUUAUUUGGUGUUGUUAAACAUUUAAGUUUAUAUAUGUUUCUUUUAAGCAUCGAACUUAUCUCUUCUUAAUUAGUUCUUAGUCCUGUAGUUCAAAUACCAGCUGCACUAAAACCAUGAAUCUUUGGAUUUGUUGUAAAAUAUUUGAAGUGACUAGUUCACGUUUGGAAGAACACGCCAAACGCUGUCGCUCGCUCGGUCAUAGGUUCACACAUAAAGCCUUUAUAAAAAUAAAAAUAAAGUUUCACACAUACAUACAUGGCUCUAGCAGUCGUAGACACAGCAUUAUUGGUCUUAGUUCAACAGCGAGUGAUUUUGGGUUUUAUUAUUAGUCCUCGUGCAUGUUACUCUCACUUUAACACUAACAACCUUACUUGUACAUGAAGAGAGAUUUGAAAGGGUUUUUGACUGAUUAAUUAUAAUGUAUUAAACCAAACUAGAAUUAAGAGAUUAGGCAUCGAAUUACAUUACCACCACCACCAUUCAAACCGACCAAUACAUCUCCACAUUUUUCAAGUAAAAUAACUUUUUUGUUCCUUCUUAAUUUAAAUAAAUAUUCGUUUAUAUAAAUGCGCAUAAUAUGACGCCUCGGAAGAAAUGAAGCAUUAUAUCUUUGACUUCUCUUCUUCUAGUUCAUCUCUCUUCUUUAAGUCCAAAACCUUUUUCUCCUCCUCUUCAUGCAUGAACCCUAACUAAGUUCUUCUUCUUUUACCUUUUACCAAGAACUCGUUAGAUCAUUUUCUGAACUCGAUGAAUAAUAACUGGUUAGGCUUUUCUCUCUCUCCUUAUGAACAAAAUCACCAUCGUAAGGACGUCUGCUCUUCCACCACCACAACCGCCGUAGAUGUCGCCGGAGAGUACUGUUACGAUCCGACCGCUGCCUCCGAUGAGUCUUCAGCCAUCCAAACAUCGUUUCCUUCUCCCUUUGGUGUCGUCCUCGAUGCUUUCACCAGAGACAACAAUAGUCACUCCCGAGAUUGGGACAUCAAUGGUAGUGCAUGUAAUAACAUCCACAAUGAUGAGCAAGAUGGACCAAAGCUUGAGAAUUUCCUUGGCCGCACCACCACGAUUUACAACACCAACGAAAACGUUGGAGAUAUCGAUGGAAGUGGGUGUUAUGGAGGAGGAGACGGUGGUGGUGGCUCACUAGGACUUUCGAUGAUAAAGACAUGGCUGAGAAAUCAACCCGUGGAUAAUGUUGAUAAUCAAGAAAAUGGCAAUGGUGCAAAAGGCCUGUCCCUCUCAAUGAACUCAUCUACUUCUUGUGAUAACAACAACUACAGCAGUAACAACCUUGUUGCCCAAGGGAAGACUAUUGAUGAUAGCGUUGAAGCUACACCGAAGAAAACUAUUGAGAGUUUUGGACAGAGGACGUCUAUAUACCGCGGUGUUACAAGGCAUCGGUGGACAGGAAGAUAUGAGGCACAUUUAUGGGAUAAUAGUUGUAAACGAGAAGGCCAAACGCGCAAAGGAAGACAAGUUUAUUUGGGAGGUUAUGACAAAGAAGAAAAAGCAGCUAGGGCUUAUGAUUUAGCCGCACUCAAGUAUUGGGGAACCACCACUACUACUAACUUCCCCAUGAGCGAAUAUGAGAAAGAGAUAGAAGAGAUGAAGCACAUGACAAGGCAAGAGUAUGUUGCCUCACUUCGCAGGAAAAGUAGUGGUUUCUCUCGUGGUGCAUCGAUUUAUCGUGGAGUAACAAGACAUCACCAACAUGGAAGAUGGCAAGCUAGGAUAGGAAGAGUCGCCGGUAACAAAGACCUCUACUUGGGAACUUUUGGCACACAAGAAGAAGCUGCAGAGGCAUACGACAUUGCGGCCAUCAAAUUCAGAGGAUUAACCGCAGUGACUAACUUCGACAUGAACAGAUACAACGUUAAAGCAAUCCUCGAAAGCCCUAGUCUUCCUAUUGGUAGCGCCGCAAAACGUCUCAAGGAGGCUAACCGUCCGGUUCCAAGUAUGAUGAUGAUCAGUAAUAACGUUUCAGAGAGUGAGAAUAAUGCUAGCGGUUGGCAAAACGCUGCGGUUCAGCAUCAUCAGGGAGUAGAUUUGAGCUUAUUGCAGCAACAUCAAGAGAGGUACAAUGGUUAUUAUUACAAUGGAGGAAACUUGUCUUCGGAGAGUGCUAGGGCUUGUUUCAAACAAGAGGAUGAUCAACACCAUUUCUUGAGCAACACGCAGAGCCUCAUGACUAAUAUCGAUCAUCAAAGUUCUGUUUCAGAUGAUUCGGUUACUGUUUGUGGAAAUGUUGUUGGUUAUGGUGGUUAUCAAGGAUUUGCAGCCCCGGUUAACUGCGAUGCCUACGCUGCUAGUGAGUUUGACUAUAACGCAAGAAACCAUUAUUACUUUGCUCAGCAGCAGCAGACCCAGCAUUCGCCAGGAGGAGAUUUUCCCGCGGCAAUGACGAAUAAUGUUGGCUCUAAUAUGUAUUACCAUGGGGAAGGUGGUGGAGAAGUUGCUCCAACAUUUACAGUUUGGAACGACAAUUAGAAAUAAUAGUUAAAGAUCUUUAGUUAUAUGCGUUGUUGUGUGGUGUUGAACAGUUUGAUACUUUGAUUAUGUUUUUUUUUCUCUUUUUCAUUUUGUUGGUUAGUUUCUUAAGACUUAUUUUUUGUUUCCAUUAGUUGGAUAAAUUUUCGGACUUAAGGGUCACUUCUGUUCUGACUUCUGUCUAAUACAGAAAAGUUUUCAUAAA